ACCCAGUAUUUUUACAGCUCAAGUCUCUCUCUCUCUCACUCCUCUUCUCCUAGAGCCUAAAGGAGUCCGUAAUUCUUAGAACUCCUCACACAAACACAGUAUCAUCUAUCUCUUGGAACUCCUUCGAAUACAAUUCACUUUAUCUCUCUUCAAAUUUCUCAGAACUGCAGGUGAAAACGGCGGAGCUUUACUGCCCGAAUGGCAGAUAUAACAAAGUAUGCACCCAUUGGUGUCGGUGGUGGAAAUUUCAUCUCAGAUUUCAAGAGCCACUUUUCAUUAUUUAGACCUAAGAGAACUGUUUCUAUUGCAUAUGGGUUUGUGUUCCUUUUUAUUGUUGUCACCAUUUUUCUUGCCUUUAGCCCCUCUCCGAACUCUUCCUCGCCGUGGUUCACUAACAUUUUUGCUGCCAGUAGUAGCGACGGUACGGGUUCUGCAACACCAUCAUCAAUUUUCUCUGACGAGUCUUAUAGAUCUCAUUUUUCUUCUUUUUUCUCUUAUUUUUAUGCGCACAAUUCUUCACCGACAGAAGAUAAUGUUAGAUCCCCUACGAUUAAACCGCCCAAUUUGAAUAAAGAAUCCCCAGUUGAAGUCUUGAAGCCAAGUAAUAGUUCAGUUUUGCCCCAGAAGCCUUCUGUAAAUCGGACUGCCGAUAGUGGUAUGCCACCAAAGUCCUUUUCUGAAUCGAAUAAAGGGUCAUCAGAUGUCAAAAAUCAGACUCAAAUCGAAGACUUGCAUGAUAAAGUUGAAGUUUUAAAGCAGAACCAGAUUCCGACUAUAGAUUCGGAUGGUAAAAUUGGAGUCUUGAAGCAAAACCAGACUCAAAAUGACAAAGUUGAAGUUUUGAAGACAAAUCAAAGCAUAACUAGGGACACAAAUUCUCCAGUUCCUGUGAAUUCAUCGCCAAAUUCUGCUUCAGGAGCACAAACAGUUACAAAGAAUGGAGCCAAGGGAAAUACAGAGCAGGGUUUGAUUAAAAACUUAACUUCUUCUUUGAUGAAGAAACAUGACGAUUUGAUCAAAUCCUUGACGAAUUGUGAUUUUUUUGAUGGAAAUUGGGUGAAAGAUGAUUCUUAUCCACUAUACAAGCCUGGUUCCUGUUCUCUGAUUGAUGAGCAAUUUAACUGUUUUCUUAAUGGUAGACCUGAUAAUGGUUAUCACAGAAUGAAAUGGAAGCCUAGAGGUUGCACUCUCCCAAGGCUGAACGGAAGUCAUAUGCUGGAAAUGUUGAGAGGGAAGAGAGUAGUGUUUGUUGGUGAUUCUCUGAAUAGGAAUAUGUGGGAAUCUCUUAUCUGCAUAUUAAGGAACUCUGUGAAAGAUCAGAGUAAAGUUUAUGAGCAACAAGGCAGGCACCAUUUUAGGACAGAAGCUUCUUAUUCCUUUAUAUUUGAAGACUAUAAAUGCACUGUUGAGUUCUUUGUAACUCCUUUCUUGGUUCAAGAAUGGGAAGCGGCGGACAGAAAUGGAACGAAGAAGGAAACACUUCGACUCGAUAUAAUUGAGAGGUCCGCCAAUCAUUAUAAAAGUGCGGAUAUCAUUGUUUUCAACACUGGACAUUGGUGGACUCAUGAGAAGACGUCAAAAGGGGAAGACUAUUAUCAAGAAGGCAGCCAUGUGUACAAAGAAUUGAACGUUCUCGAGGCGUUUAGGAAAGCUUUAACAACAUGGGGAAGAUGGAUUGAUGCCAAUGUAAAUCCAAGGAAAACACUCGUCUUCUUCAGAGGCUAUUCUGCUUCUCAUUUCAGUGGUGGGCAAUGGAAUUCUGGCGGGCAAUGUGACAACGAGACUGAGCCGAUCAAGAAUGAUACUUAUCUCACGCCAUAUCCACCGAAGAUGACUGUUUUGGAGAACGUGUUCAAAGGAAUGAAUAGCCAUGUCACUUAUCUCAACGUCACGAGAAUGACGGAUUAUCGAAAGGACGGUCAUCCAUCAAUAUAUCGAAAACAAACUUAUUCCAAAGAGGAGAGGAGAUCGCCAUUGAGCUUCCAAGAUUGCAGCCAUUGGUGCCUCCCUGGCGUACCUGAUGCUUGGAAUGAGAUACUCUAUGCUGAACUUUUAGUAAACCAGAAGCAACAACGAAAAGGGCAUUAGUACGAGACUCGAGUAUACAGAUAUGUGCAUUAUGCAUUUUCUUUGUUCUUUCUUUUUUUGAGAAUAUAGAUACAGAAAACAACCAGCAGAGGAUCCAAGAUAUAGUAUUUUGAUUUGGUAUAUAAAUAAUGAGAAACAGAGAUUGUAAUUGAAUAUGUUGAUAUGCGGGAAGGAAGAUGGUUUUGGUGGGGGGCUUCAUUGUUAAUUUUAUCUCUCUAUUCAAAAGCAAUCAAUGCAUGAUAAAUAUUAUUU